AUGGUGGAGAAGGAUGAAUCGAGCCCCGGCGGCAUCAGCGAGGAGGAGGCGGCUCAGUACGACCGGCAGAUCCGGCUCUGGGGGCUCGAGGCCCAGAAAAGGUUACGAGCGUCUCGGGUGCUGCUGGUGGGGCUGCGUGGGCUCGGGGCCGAGGUGGCCAAAAAUCUCAUCCUGGCUGGGGUCAGGGGUCUCACCCUGCUGGACCAUCAACAGGUGAGGGGACACACCUGGGGACACACCUGGGACACACCUCGGGGUUUCCUCCUUCAGGAACAGCCCCAAAAUCUGGGACCCCCAAAACCCACCUCUAACACCCCAAAAUUCCCUCUCCAGGUGUGCCUCACCUGCUGCUCCAGGGAAUCCAUGGUGAGGAUCAACCAAAUCUGUCACAAAAACGGCAUCAAAUUUUUCACCGGGGACGUUUUUGGUUACCAUGGUUACAUGUUUGCUGACCUGGGCGACCACGAGUUCGUGGAGGAGAAGCCCAAGGUGGCCAAGGCGAGCCCAGGGCUGGAGGAUGGACCCGAGGCCAAACGGGCCCGGCUGGACCCAGCUGAG